UCAUUUCAAAAUGUGCCUAUGCUCUAUAGGCUAUCGACUCAUUACAAGUGAAUACUAAUUUGCUUUGCGCUGCUCUCUGAAAUAUCCUAGCGGAUUGUUUUUUUGUUUUCCACGCUCCAGCCUAUGUUUAAUGACAAUUAUAUAGACAUUUCACAUUUGUGCUAGCGUAAUUUCGUUUAAAUGAAGGCCAAAAUGGAUUCUGAAUCCCACCCAAACCCAGAUUUUUGGCACUCUUGAAUACCGUUAUAAUCACCAAGAGAGCUUCAAGUGGCCUAUCAUAAGCGAAGCCGAGACAAUCACGCUCCUUUAUGUUUCAAGUUAUGUACAUUGUCUCCUAUGAAUAGUGCGACGUUCAAGAGCCUCUUCACAUCCUAGUCUUGUGUACAGAAAUUCGAUUUUCGAUUACGGCUAUUAAAAUUAAAAUAUGCAAUUCUUCUGGUGGCGCGAUGCCUUCUCUGAUUGACAGUUGAAAUUGACACCCUGGCUGCCUCUAAUCUCGAGCAUUUGAAGCCAUCACUAAUUGCAGGUAGUCCAUCUUUUCAGUGUUUUCGAUUGCAUGGGAACUAUUAGGCUAUGCGAUUAUUUUAGGAGGUAGCCUACGGGUUGUACAUAAAGGGGAAAAGAAAUCCUAAUUCUAAUUGCUUCAUCAAAAUUAUCUUUUGUUGCCAGGGUUUAAAUGCCUGAGAAAGUAUUAUUCAUUGUUUUGCACCGGAUAUAGCUUGAGGUAUGGGCUGGUAGGGAUGCAUAGCCGAAAGCGCAAAGCAGAGCAGGGCGCAGAGCAGACUUCAGUCGCAGCUCCAGGCUUCGUCUAAACGGCUGUUUUUCCACAAACAGAAUAGCUUCAUAAUGUCUCACUCCGACGGGGAGCCUCACGAGGAUGUGAAAGUAGAGGCUCCUUUCCUGCCCAGUCCUCCGGUAACACCGCCUAUGUGCUCGCCUCCGACCCUGGCCUCCCCGACGCCGGUUCGGUCUACCGGGAAAAACCAGUGUGCCAGCUGCGGCACAGAGAUCCAAGACAGAUACCUACUGAAGGUGAACAAUUUGAAUUGGCACGUGGGAUGUCUGGAGUGUUCAGUCUGCAGAGUAUCAUUACGUCAGCACAAUAGCUGCUACAUCAAAAACAAAGAAAUCUUUUGCAAAUUGGAUUAUUUCAGUAGGUUUGGCACCAAGUGUAGCCAGUGCGGGCGCCAGGUGUUUGCCACUGACUGGGUACGGCGGGCACGGGGCAGUGUGUACCACCUGGCCUGCUUCGCCUGCUACUCCUGUAAGAGGCAGCUGUCCACGGGGGAGGAGUUUGGUCUGGUGGAGGGCAGGGUGCUCUGUCGGGCCCACUAUGACACCAUGGUGGAGAACCUCCAGAGAGCGGCGGAGAACGGGACAGGUCUCACUUUAGAGGGAGCCUUGCCCUCUGAUCAGGAUGGCCAACCCAAACCAGCCAAGAGAGCACGCACUUCCUUCAGCGCUGAGCAACUACAGGUGAUGCAGUCUCAGUUUUACCAAGACAACAACCCUGAUACCCAGACCUUACAGAAGCUGGCAGACAUGACAGGACUGAGCAGACGGGUCAUACAAGUUUGGUUUCAAAACUGCAGAGCAAGGCAUAAAAAGCAUCCUCCCACCCAGCACAACGGUCACCUCCAGGGCGCCCCUUACCCCCACUCUAGAUUGCCCCCCUCACUGCCAGACAACCUCUACUCCCCCUUCAGCAGUCCUGACAGACCACACCUGCUGGCUCUGCAUGGAUAUAUAGACAGUCAUCCCUUCUCAAUGCUGUCCUCCCCUAACCACCUCAUCCACCCAGGCAUGACCUUACCACAGUUGCCCAUCAGCCACUAAGUCAUGCCCCUGAGACCACCUCCUCCACAAGCCGUCUCUCUCGCGGACCUUUCCAUCCCAAACCUCUGAGAACAGUUCAACAUCUGUCUCUUCCAUUUUACUACACAAGAGGACUUUUACCGUCUCCAUAGUAUGUCAAGGUGGAGAUAUCACAUAUUCAAAUGGAUGGACGGUUUUUAUAAAGGCAGCUAGACUUUAGAUCGUCGUGGGAAAAACAUCCCAGUUCAAUACAAAUGAGGUAAUCAUCAGGACCAGAUUCCACCACCCAUUCCUUUACAGGGAAUGAGUUGAAUCUCCAGGACCAGGGUUAGGAACAGGAAGACUCUUCCAACAGAAAAUUUCAAUUCAAUCACUGCGGAUUCAGAUUUUUCAUUCUCUUAUUCAUCAACUUAUAGUACUGAAGGUAUUUUAUUUUUCAAUUCCAUUCGUUUUAAAUAUGACUUUUUUUCUGUUACUCCGUCUGCUUGUUUUCCUGUAUAAAACCCUCCCAUGCAUGGACUUACAUAUUUCUGUGUAAGGUGAGGAUGAAGACUCUUCUGAUCUUGUGUGUUUAGAGAGAGGCGGUCUUGUGUGUUCUAUUUACUUAUUUUGCUUGUGAAAUGGAAAGCUUGUGUCCAUUUAUUUAUUCAAAAAAGAUACUUCACCAAGAAGCACUUUUAAAAAUGCUUUCAAAUGAAAGAAAUCAUUUAUUGUAAAUUGUACAUAUUUUACCGAUGUAAUAAAAUGUGCCUAAAAGAGUGUUGGAAAAAUAGAUCUGUUGAAAAAAUAGAUAAUUUCACGUAAAUUCACAUAGAGAUAAAACACUUUGGUUUUUCAGCAAGACAUGAAGGAUUUAAUUCUUAGUGAUCCCUUCAUGCACCAAUGCCAUUAACGGGAUUGAUUUGACAACACCCAGUGCCAUAAUCUUACGUUAAGGAUUUAAGUCCAAUCAUCUUGUGUAACACGGAGAAUGCUGUGCUGAAGAUAAAAUACACACUUUAACUUAUUAUUUCACAAAUGCGCGUGCACACAUCCAUCCACCCACUCACCCCGCUGAUAGAAGCACUUUACACUCAUUGAACAACAUUAAAUCCACCAGGCCACCCGGUAAAGGCCAAGUAUCCUUCAUAACCUGUAUUUAACAGCAAUAUUCAUAGGUAUGUAACGGUCAAGCUACAGGUUGAGGGUCCCCAAUUUAGUCCCUAUGUGUUUAACGUCCGCAACAAUCAAUCCGAUGGCAAGAACCAUUUAAAGCGUUUAACUCUGUGGAUAGUAUUGAUCUAGCACUCUGUUUAAUUCCAUAAAUCCAUUUAAUUGUGUUAAUCUGAAAUUGUUGUAUUGAUUGGCAGCACUCAAGCUGCAUUUGUGGCAAAAAAAAACACGGAAUAAUGAACUCAGGAAAAUAUAGUCUUGACCGUUUCCUUUGUUAGGGACCCAGUUAUCUGUUUUAACACUUUGGCUGGAUCAAUUCUCAUUUUAAUGCUCUCUUCAAGUAGGUCGACGGUCCGUCUUCCCUGAUAUUUUAGAAUUUGACAAAAUUAGAGAAAAAUCCAGCUCAACGCUCCUUGAUAAAAAGCAGUACAAUGCUUCAACAUGUUUUACCACCUGUUAUUCCUUGCCUUAUAAAAUUGAAGUGAAACACGGAUUAUACAUCACAGUAAUUCAAUUAACAAGCCUAUUCAGACUCAUUACAUACAGUGUUUUCAGCUCACAUAAUCACAAUUCUUGUGAAAUCGUACAUUGAAUUAAACAGGUCUUAUCAUAUGCUAUGAAAGUGAGACAGGAACAAUACUCUGACAGGCCUCACACACACGCACACGCACACGCACACACACACACACACACACACACACACACACACACACACACACACACACACACACACACACACACACACACACACACACACACACACACACACACACACACACACACACACACACACACACACACACACACUAUAGUUAAAUCCCUUCUCACUAAACAGCUCUGAUACUCUUGCCACAUACUGUGGAACAAAUGGAAACCACAAUCAUUCCAUGCUAAAAUAUCAGCAACAGACAUCUCUGUCUGGAGCUCACAUAUCUGGCAUCCCAGUCGCAACCUCUCUCUCUAUAAUUCUGUCAGAGGGAAUUCACUUGAAAUCAAAGAAUCUUGUUGUUGGCAUUCAAUGAAGGGACAUGUGCUUUGAAUUUAAUGCAUGACAGCACCAGCAAAGUAUGUUUAACCAAGAAGAGGAUGUACUGGAAGGUUUCUGUCUGUUGUUUGAGAAUCUCAAGGAUUCCAAAUGUUUUAAGUGAAUUGGUAAAGGCCAAUAGGACCAAUUGAAAUGAAGAUACAUCCAGCCUCACCGGCCCGCUAUUAUCAAAGUUUCCUGCAGGCACAGAUCUGGGAUCAGCGCAGUCUUACUCAACCGAUCCUCAACCAUUAGGAAGGGGAGAAUGCAUAACUGACCUUAGAUCAGUGUUUAGUGGAAUCAACCUACACAUGCAUGCACAGAAGGACCACUCUUCACCACAAGAGGGCAUACAUCCAAUAACCACAUCAUACCAAGCAAUCGACUGACCAUUGGUGCUCUUGGGAGUAGGAGUAGAUGAGUUUCCCUUUGACACUGAUUUAAGGUCAGGUUAGCAUUUUCCUUCCUAAUGGUUUAGGUAUAGGAUUGAGAGAGUAAGCUGAUCCUAGAUAUAUGCUUAUGGGAAACUUCUACCCAGAACACGUUCUUGCUGCAUUAGGAGACAAAGAAUGCUAGAUACAUGACUGCAUGUUUCUUGACCCAGUGACACUGUGUGUGGAGGGACACAGAAACCAGAGCUACAGUAAAAAAGAGGGGUAUAUAUUGUGGAUAGAAGCAAAAACAAUGGCUUCCCUUGUGCUCUGAUUUGACUAUUGAAGAUUUAAGUAGAGAUGGGCAUGCUUUGACUGAGCCAGGUGUGGUUCAGGGGAGAUACAAAACCCACCCAACAUCAGUGGAGCAACGAAGUGGACAUUGACACAUCUAAACAAAGACAAGGAGGAGGAAACGGAAUCUCAAGAUGUGGUCGAUUACAGAGAGAGAUGGGCAAGAAGAACAGUCAGGUACAACAGUUGAACAGUUUGGAACUUUAAUAUUCAUUGUAAUUACUCAAUUAUUAUUAUUUAAAAAUAAAAAUGGUAUAACUUUG